AUGGAACAAGAGGAAAAAUAUUUAGGAGAAACCCAAAGACGAAAAAGCCCAAAGUCUAUUAUGAAUUAUCCGAACGAGAGGGGGCCUACUACGAGGCUCCUUGAUGAAUGCCUAAUGGAACUAAAUUCGAAGCAUGAUAUGGUAACAAGUUGUUUGAGGAAAGGUAAUAGUUUUGUUACGGGGCAAAGAAGCAUAAAAAGUAAAAUCGAGCAAAUAAAAAACGAACCCGGUUUUUACCAACGAGCACCCUUCUUAACUAUCGCCAAAGAAUUAUUGAGUUUAGUAAAACAAAACAAAGUAGAAGUUACUUUUCUUUCAGCUUUUGAUAAAAGAGUUUUUGCGAAUGGCGACCCUCGCAAAAAACAAAUAUUUAGCGAGACUUUUGGUAAAUAUCCCAACUGUUCUUUAAACUUAGUAGGAUUUGAUAGUGAGGGCCAAGGACAAACCAAAGGAGAAUGA